UAAAAAAAUAUUUAAUUAAUUAUGCCAUCAUUAGUUAUUAUCUCACUUAUAAAGAUAUGAUUUUCACUAAAGAAAUAAAGCAGUGUAUUGUAAACAGUGGUGGGUCGGCCAUUUGCACGGUGUGACAGAGAAUUUAGAUCCGCAUUCUGUCACCGGAGACCUUACUGCGUUAACCACCAAGUUUUACAAUGGCGUCCGUUUAAGAAUACCUAUCAAGAAUUUGUGUUGUGACGAUUUUUUUUUCAAGAGUUAUAUAAUUGAUUUGGACUUUUAAAAAAACCAAGUUUAUUUUUAGUUGUUAAUUAGUGAUUAAUAACAGUGUUGUACAUUCAAAAUGUUAAAUUACAAGUUUUAAAUCUCUCAAAUGUUAACGUGGUCUACGUCCGGUCGCCGCUGUCAUAGCGCUAUCCCUUUCCCACUCACGCACUUAGACGGAGCUCUGCUCUCCGUCGUGCUUUCUCGCAAGCAGUCGGAAUAUCCGCUCAAUGGCUGGUGGGCAGGAAAAAUGGUAUUUCAACAAAGAACAAUUACUGAGUUCUCCAAGCAGAAAAUGCGGUUUAGAUGCAGAUAAAGAAUUGGCAUAUCGGCAGCAGGCCGCGAAUUUAAUACAGGACAUGGGCCAGAGGCUUCAAGUCUCUCAACUAUGUAUCAACACGGCGAUAGUGUAUAUGCAUCGCUUCUAUGCGUUCCAUUCCUUCACACAGUUCCACAGGAACGCAAUAGCUGCAGCCGCAUUGUUUCUCGCCGCAAAGGUGGAGGAACAGCCAAGAAAACUAGAAUAUGUUAUAAAGGUGGCACACGUAUGCCUCCACCGAGGUGAGAGCCUCACGGCCCUGACGCCUGAACAGUAUCAAGAACAGGCGCAGGACCUGGUAUUCAACGAGAAUGUACUCCUACAGACCUUAGGUUUCGAUGUGGCCAUCGACCACCCGCACACGCACGUUGUACGGACGUGUCACCUUGUAAAAGCGCCGAAGGAUCUAGCGCAGACAUCAUACUUUAUGGCGUCAAACAGUCUGCAUUUGACUACAAUGUGCCUACAGUACAAACCGACAGUCGUCGCGUGUUUUUGUAUACAUUUAGCAUCUAAAUGGAGCAAUUGGGCGAUACCACAGUCAAACGAGGGUCGCCACUGGUUCUCCUACGUAGACCGGUCAGUGACCACGGACCUCUUGGAGAAACUGACUGCUGAGUUCCUACUUAUCUUCGAGAAAUGUCCAUCGAGACUUAAGAGGAAGAUGAUGAAUGUUAAGGCUGCAGACGGCAGUUCGCCUCACUCGUUGCCAAACGCGUCCGGCUCGGGCGUAGCGAAUUCACCGUUUGACAAGAAGCAUCCGUCCGGCGCCGAUGAUAUUGAUAAAUCCUUUGACAAAGAAUAUGAAAGAGAAAGAAGACGUCAACCGGUCCCCGGUGGCUACGUACCUGCAACAACAGCAGCGCCACCACAGCCACAACCACAGAGAAUAGACUAUAACCUGUACAGGGAGAAGAGGGAGAGGGAAGAGCGGGAGAGGCGGGAGGAAAGAGAGAGAAGGCAACAAGCCUUGCAACAACAGCAACAACAACAACAGGCCAGGCCUGGAGCGCCACAGCCCAGACCCAAUGCUCAACAACCCCCUCCCCACCACCGACCGUCCAGCCAACACCAUCAUAAACAACAUCAUCCCUGGCCCCCCCACAAACCUCAUCAUCAGAAACCUACUCACGACCACACCAGGCACCAUCGGCCUCCUAUACCAGGGCCUUCUACUUCCACAGUCACUGCCACAGCCACUACGGCGUCCUCACACCCUCCCCCCUCACAACCAGAAGUGGUCCCUCAAAGAACGCGUCCUCCUUCAUUAUUCUCACCUGAGAAUGCGACCACUCCCACCGCGGCUGCCGCGGCUGCCCCGCGUCGGCCCCAGCCACAACCUCAACCCCAACCCCAGGCACCGCCUGCACAUCGACCCAAACCCGAAGUGCGGCCUACGCCACCUCCUGCACCCCCCGUCCCUCAACCCCCCAUGCAAACACAAGAACAGAGGCCGCCCUCCCCGCAUAGGAAAAGGCCAGACCCUACCACAGCUAUCAGAGAAAUGCAGCCCCCUGCUAUACUCUCACCCUUCUCCUCACCCCCCUCUAAAGAGCCACCUAAGCAGCCGAGGCAAAGACAACAGUCUAGCUCUUCGGAGCCAGAGCUCGUGCCAGUCGUUAAGAAAAUUGACGAGACGCCCGGGUAUGAGAAUGUUAUACGGGACUCGCAGAGAGGGACGGCCAUCUCGGCGGUCAAAAAUAGGGCUCCAGAGCGUAAACCCGAGGUGCCGGGCAGGCCAGUGAACGGUAUCGAAACUGAUCCCACGCUAGUGUCCAACUUACUGAAGGAAAGCCUUGCCAAGCCUGCGCCCAUCACAGUGGCGACGGAGCGCAAGUCCCCAGAAGUGAAGCGCGAGCCCCCGCCUGAGCCGCCACCUGCCCCCGCCCCGGCCCCCGCGCCCCCACCGCCUGUCGUCAUAGAACCUCCCCCUCAACCCGCAGAAGAACUCCCGGAACACAGACAUAAGAAAGAGAAAAAGAAAAAGGACAAACACAAACACAAAGACCGGGACAAAUCUAAAGAGGAGAGGAAGAAACAUAAAAAGGAUAAGGAUAAGCGGAAAGAGAGUCCGCCGCCGCCGCCGGCGGAGACGCAGCAGGACGGAGCGCUGAGGAUAACUAUACCCAAGGAGAAGUUGUCGACGAGCCCGGGGCUCAAGAUCAAGAUCCCGAAGGAGCGGCUGGCGGCGCCGCCCCCGCCGCCGGCGCAGUCGUCGAGCCUCAAGAUCAAGAUCUCGCGCGACGUGCUGGACGCGUCCCGCAAGCGGGGCCCCCCGCCGGUCGCCGGGCCCCCGGCCGGGCCGCCGCACAAGAUGGCUCGCCACAACGGAGCGCCGCACAAGGUCGUCGAGCCGGCGUUGGGCAACGGUCACGUGGGCAAGUGACGUCACAGUACAGAGCCAAGCCCACGGUAGCUUCGUGUGUCGACGUUUCUCAAGCAUCAACUAUCGGACCUCAAUAGUGUAGUGUAACUACGGUUAACGUUUUUAUUUUUCACUGUUUAACUAUUUUUUUUUUCUACUCUUCUUGUUUCUAGACGCACGGUUUUGGCUCUGCUUGUGAUUCCUUUUAUAAAAUUCAAAUCACGGGCGCCUCGUCACACGUCACAGCUGUGUUUGAUGCCAGUGUGUAGUUUUGUUCGUCGUGGUAACGUUGUAAAUAAAACCUGCGCGGUUGUGUCGUAGUUUUGUAAUAGACUGAUUUUUUAGAGCCAAAACCGUGAUGUUCGUGGCGGGAUUUAGGUGCGGGGUUGCUAGCUACACUAAUAAAACGGCUUUUGACGCCGUUCCCACCAUACUGGGAUUGAAUGGGCUUGAUAUUAAACGUGUAUGAGUGUCAGUUUAGCAGAUACAGUCACCGAAAACAAUGUAAUAAAGAAUAAUCAUACCUUAAAUAACACUGACUUCUAAUUUAGACUUUAUGUUGGAGAGAUAAAGUCCACUUUUCUAGUUCAAGUGCUAUUUAACACUUCACACGCCUAAUCUGACACUAAUAUACUCCCCUUUUCGACGUAAAAUCGACAGCCAACCGAAAAUUGCCGAACUAAAAAAAUCGGAAACAAAACUGACAAAAAAAAAACGUAAAUUUUCCGGUUGACUGUCGAUACUGACUGUUGUUUGUAAAAUGGUGAGAUUUUUUUUUAAAUAAUUUAUAUGUAAGUGUAUAUUUUGUAGGUAAUUGGGGCCUGUCUAGACACUUAUAGUAUUUUUUUUCCUAUUUCUGGCUGGCCCAUACUUAUCGUGCGAUGCGGGCUCAGUGACAUCGGCAAAGUUCGUAAAAACCGAUCAUACCCGAAUCGAAAAUUUGACAUCUUGACAUGCCGGUUUCACUAAGAUCCACAUUGUUGCAGUAUCGAUAAAUUUAUUAUACUAUAUAUGUCGAUACUCUACGAUAGAAUGCUUACUUUAUGUAUAUGACGAUUCUUAUGAAUAAUUCUGAUUAGGUGUUAAAAAAAUAUAAAUUAAAAAAGAAAAAUACAAAACAAAAACAUGAUGACGUAGCGACGUGUGAUUGGGAGAAUGAAUUGAGAAAUAAAAUAAUAAAUUAAAAGCAAAAGCGAUGUAUAGGAUAUCAGAAAGAUUAGCUUAAGAUUUUGUUAGGUAGACAAUUGUGAAAUUUUAAUUAAUUUAGUAUCAUUUUAGGGUUGUUGCACACCGGCGACUAAGGCCGCGACUUUUUCGUGCGACUCGUCCUUCUAAUACUGUAAAUUCAACGAAUAGUCAGUAAGUUUGUGUUGUGUCGCAUUUAGUGUAAAAAUUGAGAAAGUGUAAGAAUAUUUUGUACAAGUAAUAUUAAAAAAUAAAUAUCAUAGUUAUAAUUGGUUCCCUUUUAAUUGUAAUUUUAAGACGUUAUUAUAACAGAGCUUAAUGAUUAAUUAGGAAAUUAGUUUGGGUUUUUCUAUUUAAAAAUUUUGUCUUUAUUUUUCGUAACUGAAGCCUUUGAGCUUCGAGUUUUGGGCUGAUAUUUAAGACCUAUAAACGAGUUAUAUUUAAACAUUUAUUUAAAGUGUGUUUUGUUAGAGAACGUAGCGUUUACAUAUACUGCAUUGCCAUUGUACUAACAUGUAACCAAACCUUAAAAUCGCGCGACAAAUCGCCGAAAAAGUCGCCCGACACGGCAACAGCCCGUCUUUUUUAUUUUAAUGUUUAGUGUUUAGCGAUUUGUUAUAGAGAAAUAAUUGUUAUUAUUUUCCCCGUAAGGCUAGGUCUUGUAAGUGUAAAUAAAACGUAUUAUUUUGAUGUGUCUAGGUUGACUAGAGCCUUCGCACCUGGAACGUUGUGACACCACAAAAUAACGUACCGCCCGUUCGAACAAAGAGCGUGUUCAGAUUUUGAAAAACUGGGAUUUUUGACUCCUAUAUCGACCAUAUAGUGAUUAUAUGGGUAAGCUUUAUUUUACCACUAUUUUAAGCUUCGCAAAACGUAUUUACGCAUUCUUUCCCACUCAUAAAACGGGUAAACUAGACAAUUAUAUCUAAUCACGGGUCUUUAAAUGAUUUUUUAACCUUCAGUGGGUGGUAAAUUAUAAGUAACCUGCGUUCGUAUAUUCUGUGUACUGAUUUAAUUUCAAAUUCAGUACAUACUUAGUAAAAGUUGGGCGAUUAGUUGCCCAACAGUCGCGCCACAAUCCCACAGUCUGAACACGCUCCAAUUUAGUCAAAUUGUAUUUAUGGAAACACAAGGAAAAGUAAUUUUUGUAUAAAUAUAUAUAAAAUGGUUAAAAAAAAUUAAUAAUAACAAUACAUUAUAGCAAAAGAUCGGCCAAGUUUCUUAAUAUAAUUAUGCGAAAAAUGUGAUAUAAAUGUUUUCAUUCAGGUAUAUAAUGGUUGUAAACAUAUAUCUAUACGUAAGUUCAUUUUAUAACGGUACCCUUUCAUUUAAACUGUUUUUAGUCCAGUUUUUUCGACAAAAUAACUAAAAUGGUUACUCACGAAGCUUUUCGAGAAGGAUGCUCGUUUAGUUUCAAGACACGAUAGGGAUUCAUAAUCGUCUGCAGCUUGCACGAUGACUUCCACAUGUAGUUUGACAACAAAAUAUUUAAGCAAUCAUACCAUCAAGAAUAUAAUAGUGAAAAACUAAAUCUUUGUCUUGAUUCUAGCGUUUGACAAAGUAUUACAUCACCUUUCAUCGUUUUUACCCGACAGACAAGAUCAAAAAUAAGUUGUUUUGAUGUUCAAAAGUGCCUUUUCUAUCAAUAUUUAUCUAACAUUAAUUUAUAAACCUUUUUUCAUAUUAAAAUCAUAUUAAAUUGAUUCAUAAACUGGACUAAAAACAGAUUAAAAUCAAAACAUAAACGAAACGUUGUGGUAGGACAAGCUUUCUACAAUAUAGUUCAUUAAAUUCUGUAGUUUUUGUGAAAUUAACCUUAAAUACUGGGUUAUAAUGUUCAUUUUCAGUUAAAAGACCAAACCUUAUAGCAUAAACUAAUUCAAUGUAGAUAGUAUUCAAAUUUUACAUUAUAUCAGUGUGAAAAACUAAAGGGCGAGCUAGGGCCAAUAUUUUUCAUAUCGCGCGUAUGUAGUUGGAGAGUUUCCUUGGUCAAAAAUAUGUCCAAAUGAUUUUACAUAAAUUGACUUGAAAAUAUUUUUCAUUUUCGUAUCUUUUCUAGUAAAACAAAUAUGCUAGUUACCCUACAAAAUAUGACGCCAGAUAUAACUCAUAUUUUCAUUUAAAAAUACUUUAAAUAUUGAUUUUGACUACUCGGAAACUACCCAAUACAUUUUAUUAUAACUUUCGUGAGACAUAUUAAAUUAAUUAUUAUGUUAUCGACUUACUCACGUAACUGUUUGACGAGGAACUCGACUAGUUAACGGAAUGCUGCUCAUGAAUAUGAGCCUCUAGCUCGGCUUGAAACUAGUCGAGUUCCUCGUCAAACAGUUACGUGAGUAAGUCGAUAACAUAAUAAUUAAUAUAAUACAUUUUGUUAUAAAAAGGUUAAUUUCACAAAAACUACAGUACAAGCUUACACUAUAGUGUUUAUACAAAAUAAUAUAAUAUGCAAUACUCAACGGUUUGCCGUGACAAGAAGAGUUUGGAUUCAAACCGACCAGUUGUUGAUUAGUAAAGGAUUUUGGGUGAACUCAUGGACAUUAAAAUAUGUAUUAUAAUAAUACAUUGUUAAAAAGCCGUCAGAACUUAGCUUGUAUGUAAAAUCACUUCUGAAAUAAUCACUAAAUAUGUUUAUCAUACCUUCAGUGCGUGAUCGUGGCUUGGAAUAAAAGCCCCGUUUCAUUAAGUCGGUCGACUUGGUCGCCGGCAACAAGUUGCGCAACCAUGUUGACACCAGGUCUAGUAAUUUAAUUGUAUACUUUUUGUUAGUCGUACAACUGAAAUUAAUAGAGAAUUACAAUAUUUUUUUUACGUCUGAAUUUAAUUAGAUUUUUGUAUUUUUUUCUAAUGAAUUUCUAUCCAAAUCUUUCAGCUCAAAAAACAAGUUUCAGUAUAAUAAUGCAACAUAUUUAGUGAUUGUUUUAAAUUAAAAGUUUGAAUUUAUGAAGGAAGAAAUAAUUAUAAACAUGUUUUCGAAGAAAUUCAAGUGUGAAUAAAAAUAAAAAUGUUAAUAAAAGCGUCCCUUUGUAUCUUGUGAACAUUGGCUCAAGAAGUUAAAAUACGUGAAAGAAGAAAGGAUUUUGUCAAGAAUGGUAUUGUAAAUGUGAUAAUAAAUAUGUCUUCUAAAUAUACGCGAAUGCUAUUUAAUUUGAAAUAAAAGUGUAUCGCGUCAAAGUUUUGUGUCUACCUUAUUAAAUGCCUUCCCUACACCCCCCAUUUUGAGUCGAAACUGCCAUAGUUUUAUGAUAUGGUAGAAAUGAGUUCACCCAAGUUCUAAAUAGCAGUUUUUGUAAAUAUAUCUAUAUAUAUACUUACUGAUUUUAUUUUCUUCGUAUAGGUAAUAUCAAACGUAAUAUUCUAAAAUAUGAGUGUCUACUUUUUUAGUAAAGAAACUAGGAUUGUGUGAAUGAAAAGUAUGUCGAUAUAGAAACAAAAUAAUUUAGCGAGCCUCGCAGACUUUGUUUCGUCUGCGCAUAUUUGUAAUUUUUUAUAUAAAGAACCUAACAAUGUUAAACAGAACGAAAAAGAAUUAACGAACACAUUUGGCGAUCAAUUUUUAUAUUAUACUUACAUUAAUUGCGUUAUUCAUUAACUUUUAAUUCCAAAUUCUAGCAAUAGCUUUUUGUAUAAUCCAAAAGUCAAUUCACAAACAAAUAAUUUGAUUAAAUAUUUUGUCACAUGAUAGAAAAUACACAGUGUCUCGCGUGGAGCCACGUUUUGCCACAUGAUGGGUUAAUGACGAUUUCUGGUAAAAUAGCUGAUUACUUUUCAACUGACAUAAUUCACACUUUCCAAAGUCCUUUACUAAUAAAAGAUGGAACUCAUAUACACCUUAUGAACCGAUAUAAAUAUAAAUAAACAGUUAAGAUUUGCCUCCUAAUGUUAGUGUACGAAAAUACUACAUUUUCCCCGUAACUUUCAGUAUUUUUUAUAUAAAAAACAAAAUGUAAAUAGCUGAGAAAUGUACCUUAAUAAACCUAUUAUAAUCCUAGGCUUCCAUUUCAGACUAAAUACAUAGUGAAUUAAUAAAUUAUACUAGUUGUAGUUAGCAAAAAUUGUACCAUACAAAAGUGACAAAAAAUAACCUCGUGUAGGUAAGGAGCAACACAUACCAUUAAAUUUUGAUAACUUAUUUAUUCAGACACACUUAUUUCUCUUUAUUGGACUCCAAUUUUUGAGUUUUUAACACCAAUUUUAUAUUCACCGAAAAAAAUGCACAAUAUUAUUACAUUACGAUCGGCCAUCUUUUUUUUUACUCAAACGUCAAAAUUGGCGCCAAUUCAGUUUCUUUUUUUUCUUCAUCGAUCAGAUAGGGGAAUCAAAUCACGCAGGGUUAAAUACUAAAACUGCUGUACAUAGUGCCUAUUUGCAGUAUAUGAGAGAAAUAAAUACCUAAGUGCAUUUAGAUACUUAUCUACCUUACUAUUGCGCAUUGCAAUACCUAGUAGAAGCUAGUUAUCAGAAACACUAAGUACUUAUGGAUAAUACUGAUAUAAUUCUACAAAUUAGAUAGCAAAUAACAUGAAUAUACACAAUAAUCAAUAAAGAAAUAGAUAAAUUAAUAAUGUCGCUAGUGUUUUAGUUUUUGUAGAAAAAAAAAACAGUUUUUGCAAAAUAUAUGCCACCGUUGACACGGUAAUUACUCCAUUUUAAAUUAUUUUUACAAUCCUCAUAAAAUAGCGAAUUGUCUAUAAAUAUAAAAAUAAGCAUUUUAAGUAGAUAGGCAUAAAAUUAAUCGUUGAAAGUUACGGGGAAAUUAGUAUUUAUAAUAUUUUAAAUAUGUAAGUAAAGUAACUAAUGAAUUAAUUUGCUUUUUAUAGGCACACAAGCGGAUUACUUUUUCCUUUUUAAAACUAGACUGUCGUGUAAUAUCGACUUUUUUAUCUUUCAUACCUUCCAUUAGAAUCGAUUUUAGUAUUUUAUCUUAGUUUUCCUAUCGGACUAUUUAGUUCAAGAGUAUAUUUUGAAAAAUAAAUUGAUUUAACGCAUGUUCCGAAAUGUCCCAGAUUAAUUUCAAAAUAGAAAAAAAAAAAUGUCUUACCUCGUAAUGGACCGCGUUUUUUUUGACAUUGACAGUUAACUGUCACUGUCAGCGAAAAGCGCGCGAAUACGUCGGCAACAAAAAAACUUUAACGAAAUUUUUAACGCUCUGAAACCUCAAAAACUUUUUAUUAUAAUACACGCUGUAGUGAUUAUAUCUAUUAUGUAAAAAUAAUCAUUGAUGGGUCCCAUUUAAAUUUUGGCCUUCUAUUCACCCGUCAUUAUACAUAAAUUCGCGUUAUUUCUUUAUUAUUUACUCAAAUCCUUAUGUCAAAGGUACGUUUUGAGUGGUUUUUGUACCAAUACACUUGUUAAUUACCAUUUUUAUCGUUACUACGUCAUAUUUAAAAUGCAACUGCCCAAUAUUUAUCACGCUAGCAUUUGACUAAGAGUAUCCUUAGUACUUUCGUUCGGCGCUCUGAUUGGCCGGCUCUAAUAAACCAACCAAUCAGAGCGCCGACCGCGCUCUCGUUUCGUUUACGUAAAGCAAACUCGUACUAAGGGUGCAGUCAAAAUGCCGCUUAGUAUGAAGUUAACUGUUUUCAUAGAUAUUCGUAUAAUAUUUAAUUGUUGCGUAUAAAAAUAAGCUAAACUUAAGCUGUUUUUAAGUGAAACUUUAUAAGAAAAUUGGCAAUAAAAACGCUACGAGAGUUGUACUCGCAUUAAAUUUAGUAAAAUGUGUAUCUACUGGAGAUUAAUAAUUCUAUUAUAUCGGAGACUUUGAUGCAGUAUAUUUCCUUGGUAUCAGACAAUCUGAUGUCCGUAGUUCUUUUUUAAAUGUAACGGUGUGUCCAUUCGACCGUGGUGUUUUUUUUUUUAUUAUUUAAACCAUGAUUUUUAUUAAUCAAUGUUUAGUUUCUUCGUCCAAAGAUGUAAGCUCUGGAUUAUUUUUUUAGUAAAAUGCAGGGAGGAGUGCUGUACAUGAUGUUGUAUAUAUAGUUUUAAUGGAAAAUAAAAGCAUUCUUUCUGUA